AUGAUGGCAGCCACCGCUUUAAUGAAUCCAGCUCCCGUAUACCAUCCUCAUAAGCCUCCGUUUCCACCUGCUUACCAUCAACAACCACCGCCACCGAUGCCUGGCAUGAUUUCACCUGGGGAGAGUAGGAGAACGCCGAACGAGGUGGAACCCGCCCAACGGCAAUCCCUCCCGUCUAUAUCAGAAGUUUUCUCUGGCGCCAAGCCAAGUCAUUAUUCACCGACUCCUACGACUUUGGCCGGUGCUCACAGUCUUCCUCCCCCAUUAAGAGCUGAGCCGCCCCCAGAAUCCCGGUCAGUUCCGCCAGCACAUGAAGAUAAGUUCUUCCGUUAUUCCCAGCGAUCAGAUAUCGGGCCACCGCCAGGUCCUCCUGGGCCUCCAAAUUCGACAUAUGCGUUCCAAGAGCAGCGCGAUCCUGCCAAGCCGCCGGAACCGGUAUCAAACUCUCAUGCGAACCCCCCAUCUCAGAUUCCAUACCCUCCAGGUCAAUACCCACUACCUGGGGCUCCAAUCUCUCCGCAUCAUCUUGGCCCUUCCUUACCACCUUAUGAUCAACCACGGCCACCUAUUCACAGCGAUGAAGAAUAUGGGAUGCAUAGAAGCCGUUAUGAUUCGGCUACUUUAAAUCGGCAUUUUGAGUCGUGGGGCUACCAGGAUUGUUUAAAUAAGUUGGUGUGGACGUCAAGAACAGUCUGCAAUUUCGCUGAGGCGUAUAGUAAGAUUGCCUCGGAGCAACACGGCGGGCAGCCCAUCCCAGAACGCUUGCCAAGUGACCAGGAAGUUUCAAGCAUGCUCGGAAAUGUAGAAUUUAUUAAACGUUCCCUCGAAAAUCUCCGAGAAAUAGUACAACAUAGUUUAGCGACUGAAAAGGCCCGGGAAGGUCGCGGUAAGGGACCCUACGAAGGGGAUGACGAUAUAAGCAUGUAUGGCGAUGGCAUGAAACAGCCGUACGGGCUUAGUGAGGUCAAAAAGCGACGAGGCCGCGCAGCACCUCCUGGUCGGUGUCAUAGCUGCAACAGAAUUGAUACCCCAGAAUGGCGACGAGGACCUGACGGUGCAAGAACAUUGUGCAAUGCAUGCGGACUUCACUACGCCAAACUCGAAAGGAAACGCCAAAUGGAGCAACGCUCUAUCCGACCCAAAACUGUGGAAGAGCGUGUCUAA